AUGACGACCGCUGCGAUCGAGGCAGCAAGGAACGGCGCCGAUUGCAAGUGCAUGGAGCGGUACCGCGCAUACUUCUCUGACGAGGACGAGGAGGCCGACCAGGUGACAGAAAAUAGCAUCAGCCUCUCCUACGACUACACCGAGCGCUACGAACUUUUUGCAAGGGAGCGGCUAUUUGACAAAGAAUCUCGAGACAAUUUUAGAUUGUCUUCGCUGGCGGAUUUUGUGAACACUCUCAGUGCGAAACUCGACACACAACAGAGACGAGCCCAAAUAUUGUUCUCCACAAAUGCCUGUCUUGUUGCAAGGGCAGAUGAGAGCGACUCUAAGUUUGAAAGCAUACAUUCCCGACUCGACCGCCUGGAAACUAUGCUGGCCUCUGUGGGCAGUACUGCGAGUUCUGGCGAGAACGAGUAA